GUCAUUUUCCUGCUCGGCUUCACGCCCGCCUCACGCUACCCUUGCUUUCACCUCUUAGACUUCUCGGUGCCCACCCACAUCCUCACCCUCAUGCGCCGCGCGCGGGGCAGCAUGGAGAAGCGCGCCCUGGACUCGCACCCGGCUGCCUCUGGCGCCGAGGGCCUUGGCCUCGAAUUGGAGGAGGCGGACAAUAUGAGAAACCGCGCGCUGCAGUGGCGAAAGAAGCACCCCUGCAGAAAUUAUGUCGACCUCCAGGUUCUGGCUCCAUCGGGGGGCCUUUGUGAAGUCCAAGAUCAGGUUGCAGGAGGAGUCUACACGCACAUCGUCGGCAACGCGUGCAUUCGCGAAGAUAUCCUCAUUCCUCUCUCCCAGGAAAUUGAUUUCCCUGGGUUUCCUGGCGACUUUCGCCCAGGACAGGCAGUGCCCCCAGUGGGGCGCGCGGGUGAUGACUUGAGGGUGUACACAGACGCUGCCACUGGCGCGACGAUGCAGCACGCGACAAAUGUGCAUCGCAUGGCCGAGUUGGCUUCCUCUCAUCCUCUCGCGUCCACACUGGACAUUCACCUUAACGAGGGCUGGAUUGACAGCCCAGAGGACUCGCGAGGCCGAGCGACAAAGGGCAACCGGAGCCUUUUCUUCCUAACCAUCAGCCUCGCUUGUAUUGGGAUGGUCUUCAAGUUGGGCCUCUCCACGAUAAAGACUCACAAUGAUAUGCUGCGUAUCUGGUGGGCCCCACGCAAGGCGCGCGCGGCUACGGGGACAGCAAGCUGCAUCAAGGCUGCGCGGCAGGUGUUUUUCGACAUCACGGAGCUGGAUGUGGAAAGUGUCCUCCCCUGGCGCGAGGAUGAUGGGACGUGGGUCAGCGAAGGCGACGCUGCCUCUGGCGCGCCCGCUGCCUCUGCAGCGCUCGCGGCGCCCCCCGACGAGGAAGCGAAGCGGGAGAUUCAGCUUCUGCCUCCGCGCGUGGGCGACGCGAAGGACACGGGGCGCUUAGCGUCACUGUCCGACUCGGGCGACAGCAGCGACGGCGACGCGAAGAACACGCGGCGCUUAGUGCCACUGUCCGACGAGGACGACAGCAGCGACGACGACUGCGACAGUUCCGAAUCGGAAGGCGUUGCCUCGGCCGCGGAGCCGAGUGCUGCCUCUGGCGCAAUGCGCGUUGGUGCCUGGCGCACUGCGUGGUGGUGGUGUGUGGUGAUUCAUUCCAAUGCUUAUUAUUCGAGCUGGCCGCGGGAGGCAAGAAUGUGGCUGUGCGAGCAAGGCCUGGUGAAGGAGCGGCGACGACGCCUUUCCCGACUCAUCAAGGAAAUGUCAUCGGCGCCCGAGCACAUUCUUCACCCUGACGAUGUGAUGGACGGCAUCCACCACUGGAACGACACACCCGAGUACUGGAACCAAAGGUGGGUUCGCGCUUGGGCGUCACAUCAGAUGCACUACCUCCGCGAGCUGACCGACGCCUGGGAAGACAUUUCUUUGGGUGAUGGGAAGUAUUGGCUUUGCAACGCCUGGCCCAACUUGAUUCCCGCUGCCCCUGGCGCGCCGCGUGUGGAGCGCCUGCCGCGGGAUCAUCCCGGGUGGGGUCACCUGCGCGAGAUGUUCGGAAUCAGCGGCAUCCCAGAAUUCUUGAAGCACUUGUUCAACAAGCACGACGGGGAGGACCGAGAGUUCGCGGAGUUCUUUUGUACUGGAGAGACAACAGUAAAUGGCUCGAGUGGCGCGACGUUGUGGAUUCUCAACGGGCAGCCUGACGGCCAGACGACGCUGCUCCGUCGUGCUCCCGCUGCCUCUGGCGCGGCUAGUGGGAUGUUCGAGGUGGACAUGCGACAAGGACAAGUCGUGACGCUCGCACAGAUGUUCGCCCUGGGCGCAGGGUACUGCACUGCCUGCGACAUGUGCAAGCUGUACAUGGAUCUGCCCAUCCUCGCCCGCAAGAACAAGAUGGAUAAUAAAAGGGCAUGGGCGAAGUGA